AUGUAUGUAUCGGAUACUUCAACUUACUUUCGAAUUUUUACGUGGUCAACUAUAUUAAUAGAAUUAACAAAUUUUGCUUGCUGCAGUAAAAUUGCUCCUGCUUUUUAUGGGUUGGAGCGUCCUGCUUUGGAAUAUGAAUUGCCUCCUCUUUUAUAUUCAUUUGAUGAACUUGAACCGUAUUUUGAUGAAGCUACAGUAAGAAUGCAUUAUUUGGAGUUCCAUUCUAAGUAUGUCAAUGAAGUGAACAGGCUGUUGAAACGAUGGCGCAGACAUACGCUAAAGGGUAAACAGAUGUCAAGAAUGUCUAUUAUCGACAUUAUUCGAAAUUUAUCCCACAUACCGCCUCAGUACAGAAAUGAAUUGAAGAACUAUGGAAGUGGGCUUGUGAAUCACAAUUUAUACUGGGCUACCAUAUCUCCAAAUCCUCAAGGUGAGCACAGAAUACCUGUAGGACAUAUUGCUACUGCAAUUGAUGCAAAAUUUGGAUCAUAUUUGGAAUUUAAAUCUACUUUUACUGACAUGGCUACUAAUUAUUUUGGAUCUGGUUUUGUAUGGCUCUGUAGGAAUUACAGCACAACUGCAAGUUCUGGAGACCUUGUAGUCAUCAUCACUGAAAAUGAAGAUUCGCCUGUCAGCAACAGCCUUUUUCCAAUUUUAGGCUUGGACCUUUGGGAGCAUGCAUAUUUGACUAAAUUUCGUAACCAGAAAUUAAAGUACAUUGAGAAUUGGUGGUUUCUGGUGGACUGGCAUCAGGUGAACAAUCUUGCAAAUUGGUGGAUUGGGUUAAAGUUCCAUGAUGAAUUGUGA